AUGUCAGUUGCCUCCUGUUCCAAAACUAGGAGAAUGGAUACCAUAAAUAAUACAGAAGAAAUGACAUUUGAAAAAUGGGAACGUUUUCAUAAUUGGGUACAUUGUGUAUGCAUUGUUACUUUUGAUCUUGAAUUAGGCCAAGCUAUAGAGGCUAUAUAUCCAUUUCAUAUCAAGUUAUCCGAACAAGAGAGAUCUAAUGUUUGUUAUCUUGCUUUUCCUGAUUCUAAUUCUGGCUGUAUGGGAGAUACACGAUAUCAUGUCAGAAUAAGACAGAAUGGAGCUGUAAUUCAAGAGACUAAAGCGUUAAAAGAAUAUGAUAGAAGGUCACCUCCAUUUUUACAAUGUGAUAAAGAUUAUUAUUGGGGUUAUGUGUACUUUCGUCAAGUGAAAGAUAAAUCUCUUCCAAGAGGAUAUUUCCAAAAGAGUAUUGUUAUAAUUACAAAACUGCCAUUUGUGAAUCUCUUUGGUGAAUUGUGUGCUUUAAUUGCACCUGAAUUUUUUGAAAUGGGCAAUGCAGUGAUGGAAGCUAUCAUAAGAGAAAUUGACCAAUGGCCUCCUCCAACACCUGGCCAAAUAGUGCAUUUACCACUUAUAGGUGUUUUAUUUCAAACAUAUAUUCCAAAUCAAAACUAUAAAGCAACUGCACCUACAAUUGCUGCCAUGGAUCAUGCGCCAAACUUUCAUGCAACGCGAAGACUAAUUUUAGCAUCUGCCUAUGAAGGAGAUAUGUUUAGAAGUUUAGCUAGUGUUGUAAGUUAUGUACAUUUAUUAUGGGAAUUAGUAUUACUUAGUGAACCAAUUGUUGUUAUGGCUGGUUCACCUACUGGUUGCUCUGAAAUGGUCCAAGCACUUAUUGCGAUGAUUGCACCAUUAAAAUAUUGUGCUGAUCAUCGACCUUAUUUUACAAUUCAUGAUUCUGAAUUUAAAGAAUAUACUACAGAUGCUCCAUCACCUCCUGCUGUAAUAUUAGGUGUAACUAAUCCAUUUUUUGCCAAAACUCUACAACAUUGGCCUCAUAUUAUAAGAAUAAGUAAUGGAACUAAUAAUGAAAAUCAAAGGUACAAAAUAAAGAAAUCUGAGAAUCUCAAAGUAUUAGACUCAAAACCAGGUGUUUAUACACAGUAUAAACCUUUCCUUCACAAGGAUAAAACUAUAUUGAAAAAAUUAUUUAGAGGUAUCCAGACAAAGAGACCAGGAGAAGUGCAAACAGCUCUUUUGAAACGUCAUUUGAUAGAACUGACUGAAAGUUUUAUGAUACCUCUGGAAAGAUAUAUUGCAAGUCUUAUGCCACUACAGAAGGACAUAUCACCUUUUAAAGCUACUCCCAUACCUGAAUUAUUUAAUCCAGAUGAUUUCCUAGCUACAUUAAGUAGUGCUGGACCACAAUUAACUACUGGCAUAAAAGGAGAUUGGGUAGGAUUAUAUCGACGAUUUUUUCGUUCACCUAACUUUUCUGGCUGGUUUCAUACUAGGUAUACGGAAUUAUCACAAAAAUUACAGGUCAUACAACUUGAGGCAUUAUCACAAGCGGAUUUAAAAACAUGGGUGCAAGGAAAACAGGAGGUGGAAUUGGUAGAUAUGAUUCUUAGAAUUCGACAGAAAUUAGAAAAGACUUAUAUUGAUGAAGUACCUAUAGGCAAUUCUGUAAGAGAAAAGCUUCAAGAAAGAAUAAAUGACAUCACACAUACGUUGCCAGAUGAUUUAAAAGACAUUUUGAAUCAUGAAUCUUGA